AGCUGGGAACUUGGCACCCGUUCACAAGCCAUUGUAGAGCUGAAUGCAACCACCUACUCUGUGUUCUCCAAUACCUCUCUCCCUCCACCCACAUCUGUCGAACAGACCCUUGUUGACCCCAUGUCACCCUUUUUCGCCAUCGCACGAUCAAUCGUUCAAGGUCGAGCACAAUCAAACAACGACACGGUCGGUCCACAGCCUCUGAUACAAGACGGCAGUGCGGCUGAUCCAGCUUCGAUCGGCGUGAGCGUUUUGUUGGCGAACUGGACGGGCCAGGACGGUGGCCAGCUCGAUUACAGUGGUGCAGCGAAGGAUCAGCUGGACUUUCUGCUCCAGAAGGUACCACGAACGAGUGACGGCGCCAUCUCCCACCGUGUGUCUACGGUCCAGCUGUGGAGUGACUUUGUGUACAUGGUGCCCCCCUUUCUCGCUUAUUACGGUGUUAUUACGCAGAAUCGGACACUCCUCGAGGAGUCAUAUACCCAGAUAAAGCUCUAUCGCAGUUAUCUCCGCGAUCCGACCGCCAACAUGUGGAAGCACGUACUGCCUGGCACCAGCGGCAACGACGAUGGGUAUUGGUCCACAGGAAACGGAUGGGCAGCGGCCGGAAUGCUCCGUGUUCUUGCCACCAUUCGCCAAUCGGAAUAUGCAAAUACAAUGAAAAGCGAACAAAACGAUCUGAUUACCUGGGUGGGCGAGAUUCACAGCGGAAUUUACGCGACGCUCGACUCUACGAACAUCUUCACAAACUACGCAAACCAAUCAGCAACAGCUCCAGGGAAUUUUUACGAUGCGUCUUCUACUGCGAUCAUCUCAAGCACAGUCUACCGCCUCGCCGUUAUCGCGAACGAUCACUCUCAUAUUCCCGCGGCAGAGCAAUCUCGGAAAACACUUUCCAACUCUACGGGCACCGACACAAAUACCCUGGCAAACUCUACCCAUUUCACCGCCGACGGGUGGUUGCUCCCUGUGGUUAAUCCCCUCUCAUAUCGCCAACAAGGGAGCGAAAGCCCAGAAGCCCAGGCUUUCGUCAUCGAGAUGCAUGCUGCGUGGAAGGAUUGGGUAGCGGCUGGUUCUAAGGGGGCUAAUGAGGCUGGUUCCAAGGGGGGUUCUAAGGGGGUUAGU